GGAUUUUCAUAUUUACUCAAAGGGGGAAUAUUGUCUUCAUAUGUGUACCGUAUUGCUCCUGUAAUGCACGUAUUUUACAGCACAAUUUCCAUUCCAUGCAAGACUUAUAGACGCAUGGACAUUCAGCGCUUUUCACCAUGAAUGGAAACGCGGAGGGAAAACAACUGUGGGACAAUUUGUCUAAAGUAUCUUCUCUUUCUAUUGAACAUUCUUUUUUUGCUUGCAGGGGGUGCCAUGCUGGCCGUGGGUUUUUGGACUUUGGUGGAGAAAAGUGACUACAUCAGUCUGCUGAACUCCAGCUUCUACACCGUGCCCGCCUACACCCUGAUUGCCGCCGGGGCUGUCAUGAUCAUCAUUGGUGUCAUUGGAUGUUGCGCCACUUUGAUGGAGAUGAAAGGUCUUCUGAUUGUGUAUUUGGUCCUGUUGCUCUGUGUUUUUCUCCUGGAAGUCGUUGGAGGCGUCUUGACAUAUGUUACCUACCAAGAGUGUUUCCCUCUCUGCCACCAGCUUGAUGAAGAACUGAGGGAAAACCUGAAAGAGGCCAUGCAGCAGAAAUACCAACAAGCUGGGGAGGAAAGCGUCACAUAUGCUGUGGACAAGCUCCAUCAGGAGUUCCAGUGCUGCGGCAGUAACGGCUCGUCAGACUGGAAAGACAGCGUCUGGAUCCAGACCUCACAGAACCAGCAACUUGUUCCCGACAGCUGCUGUAAAACUCCGAGUAACCUGUGCGGCCUCAGAGACCAUCCCUCCAAUGUGUACAAGGUGGAGGGGGGCUGCGUUGUGAAAUUGGAGGAGUUUAUUCUGAGUCAGCUGUAUAUUCUGGGUGCACUGGGCAUUGGGAUUGCAGUUUUGCAGAUAUUUGGGAUGAUAUUUACUUGCUGCCUUCAUCAAAAUCUGAAAGAUGGGCCAUACUGAUAUUGGAUUCUGUUAUUGUGAUUACUUGUUGAGCGCUUGGAGACUUAAGUGCCUUCAACUGAGAAAUUUGAACUUUUAAAUUGUCCACGCUUGACCCACUUUUAUGCUGCUGGGCAGCACUUCACUCUGCAAAAUGUUGUCUUCCUUUUUCUGUGAAAGUUGGCUGCACGUGGUUUUGUUAUUUACUGUACAUGCACUGCACUGCUGUAUUUGGUAUGUCACAUGGUUUAAGGAAAUGCACCCUCAAUAAAAUAAGAAAUACACAAGUAAUUGUUAGUGUAAUUGCCCAAAAAAAAAAAAAUGUUAUUAUUUCUAUAUAUUGCUGACAAUUCGUACAAUCCAGCAAAAGUUUCAGGGGAUAAAUUUACAGCUCGGGGGAUCCUCCAUUUCCAGCGCUGCUCUGUUUUAAUGCUUGGGAUAUAACCCGAACAUGUAUGUAAACUGGAAUGUGCCAUAGAGGAAUGAAAUAGAAUUUGUCACUAAUGCAGGAGUCAAGUCCAAAUUACAUAUCUAAAAAAAAAAUCAUAGGACACAAAUGUACAAACACCAAUUCCAGAGAAAUUGGGAUGUUGUAUAAAAGACAAUGAUUUGAAAAUCCUUGUCAACCUAUGUCCACUUGAAUAACUAGAAAGAUGUAUGUAAUAUUCAAACUGAUCAACUUUUUUUGCCACUAUUGACUCAUUUUGAAUGUCUAUAACACGUUCCCCCCCAAAAAAAAAAAAAACUGAGAUUGUAUGUUUACCACUGUGUUACAUCACUUUUCCUUUUAACAACACAA